AUGUCUGGCAUACCGUUCAAGGUCGUCUUUGGCACUGCGGGCUUUGGCGACACGGGGAAAUAUCGCAAGCUUGAAGAUGUCCAACCCAUCUUUGACAUUUUAGCCAAGGAAGGCGUCACUCAUCUAGACACUGCUCAGCUCUACGGCAACUCCGAGACCUAUAUUGGCGAGGUCAAGGCUGGUGAGAAGUUCGGUCUCGACACCAAAUGGUUCGGUGGAUUCAAGCCCGGCGAGAGUGACAAGGACAACACCAUCAGGUUGGCCAAGGAGAGCAUUCAGAAGCUCGGUGUCAAGAAGGUGGAUAUCUUCUACCUCCACGCUCCAGACAGUACCCACCCUAUUGCCGACACUCUCGAAGGCGUAAAUGAGGCCUACAAGCUAGGUCUGUUCGAACGCUUUGGUCUUUCAAACUUCAGCGCGGCCCAGGUCCAAGAGGCUUACGACAUCUGCAAAUCCAAAGGCUACCCGAUCCCUAGCGUCUACCAAGGGAAUUACAAUGCCGUUGCUCGCGUUGUUGAAGCUGAACUCUUCCCGCUUCUCCGCAAGCUCAACUUUGCUUUCUAUGCGUACUCUCCUUUGGCUGGCGGUCUUCUCACCAAGACGGCGCAGGAGAUUGCCGAUGGAGCAGGACGAUUUGGCUCGGAAGGAAUCGCGCUCUAUCGCAACCUAUAUCACAAACCAGCGUACAUGAAGGCACUGGGUCAGUGGGAGAAAAUUGCCGAUGACGAAGGCAUCAGCCGCGCCGAACUGGGCUUCCGCUGGACGGCCUAUAACUCUCAGAUCGACGUGACCGGCAAGUACGGCGAUGCGCUGGUGGUGGGUGCCUCUCGCCCCGAGCAAGUCGAGACCACGCUCGGCUAUCUUCGAAAGGGCCCGUUGAGUGACAAGGCGGCCAAGGCGAUUGAUGAAAUCUGGGAGCUCGUCAAGGAUGAGGCGCCUGUUGACAACUUCAACAGUGGCCCGUUCCAGCGUUGA